UAUUUCCUUUGUGUGUGUAACUGUAUUAGACAAUAGUUGAAUGAAAAUGUAUAAUUCAAUCGGCAAUUUGAAACAACCUUUGGACUUUAGUUAAUGCGUUUAUAACAUGAUAUAUCGAACACCUCUUGUGGUUCUGUGUGUUACAAUUAUCGUAUCCUACUUUUAUAUGAAGAGUCCAACAGUCACUGAUAAAAUGGCAAACAAUGGUCUGCUCUUUAUUUCGAAUGCUGCAAAAGUCCAGACUGUGUGCCAGAGGGCUUCCAAGUAUGUUAAGAGGGUGUUAUAUGUUAAAGUAAAGGAGAACUCAGAUAGUGCAUUGCCAGUGCUAAGCAAGCAGAUAGAUAAUUUAUAUUCUAAGUCACAAGCUAACAAUUUAGACAUAAGAUUGAUGCUUAAGCCAAGUGAUACAGUUAAGGAGAUAAAGACAGGCUAUCCAAUUGACAUGAUCCUGUAUGACAGUGAGCUUGCCAAGGAAAUUGAUGACCUGAAGCAUGCAGUCUCUACAGUGACAAGUGGAUAUGAACUGCAGAGCAUUGUUUACCUUUCAGGACAAGAUGACAGCCAGAAUGGACCUGAAGACCCAUUAAGAACAUACGAGAAUGUAGCUCUUGGUGGGACGUUUGACCGUUUGCACAACGGCCACAAGAUUCUGCUGUCUCAAGCAGCGCUACGAGCCACCAAGCUACUCACGGUGGGAGUCACUGAUGUUAAUAUGAUUCAGUCCAAAACACUAUGGGAGUUAAUAGAACCAGUGGAAGUAAGAAUAGCACAAGUGCUGAACUUCUUAAGGGAUAUAAAUCCAGACCUAGAGUACAACGUGUUCCCAUUAAAGGAUUUAUACGGACCAACAAAGGAUGAUCCUAAAUAUCAGUUAAUAGUAGUAAGUGAAGAAACUCUUCGAGGAGCAAAGAAGAUUAAUGACAAGCGAGUUGCGAACGGCCUCCAACCGAUGGACGUGCACGUGAUAGGCAUGGCUAAAGACUCUCACCCAGAACACUCACAUGAAGAGGAGGAUAAGAUCAGCUCCAGUAAUCAGAGAAUGAGGCUAUUAGGGACCUUGUUGAGGCCGCCUGUGCCGAAUCCAAACAUACCUGAUUGGCCAUAUGUAAUCGGUCUAGCUGGAGGAAUCGCCAGCGGAAAAAGUAAUAUAACUAAGAAACUAAAAUUGAAAGGUGCGGGCGUAGUGAACUGUGAUAUAAUCGCACAUGACCUGUACAAGCCGGGGCUGCCGCUCAACCGCACAAUAUCCGAGGCGUUCGGAAAAGACGUGCUCACCGAGACCGGCGAGAUCGACAGGAAGAAACUAGGACAGAUCGUAUUUAGUGAUAAGGCGCAAUUAGAGAAACUGAACAGUAUAGUGUGGCCGGCGGUAAUAGCGGAGGCUCAGCGUCAGAUCCGCGCGUACGGCGAGUCCGGGCACCGCGUGGUCGUCAUGGAGGCCGCCGUGCUGGUCCGCGCGCGCUGGUACCAGUACUGCCACCAGCUGUGGUCCGUCAUCGUGCCUAGGGACGAGGCCAUAAAAAGGCUACAAGACAGAAACCACCUAACGAAAGAAGAAGCUAUACAGAGGGUUAACGCUCAACCCUCAAACGAGGAACAGAUCGAGAAAGCCAACGUCGUGUUCUGUCCUUUCUGGAGCUACGAGUACACGCAAGGCCAGAUCGACCGGGCGUGGCAACAUUUACAAGAGAUACUGGCUAAUAGAAAGUAAAUAUUGAGCGCUCUAUUGUGUAAGGUCAGACAAAAAAGGUGAUAAAUCACAUGAAAUCAUAGAACACAUUAACAGGAUAUUUUGUUAUAGGUAAGCUUUUAUAGUUAUAAUGAGCAAAUUUGGUACCUUAUCCCAACAAUUAGGCGACUUUUCCCCAUAUCUUAAACAGUAACAGUAGACUAAACCCCCACAACUGUAACACACUUAUUAUGUAUGGUGGUGGUCUCCCACAUAUAGCUCUUAUCAAAUCGGACAUGGCUCAUCAACCUUUUUUGGCUGACCAUCCUGAAAUUUUGGUACAAUCUACGAAUACUUGGCAAAAAUAAACAGGCGUAAGGAAAGUGUAACGAGACUGUAAUAUGUGGAUAUUUUAAAUCUUAUUUCAUGCUGUCAUUAUUUUCUAAAAGUAUGAGUCAUGAACAUUAUGCUCUAUUUGUUUCACAAUUGAACUAAACGCAUCAAAGGGAAUUAGCAUUUUGUUUUCGGCGCUACUCUGUCGCAUGUUUAUGUAUUAGCGGCGCAAGAGGGCGCUAUUAAUGUGCGUAGGUUUACUCCCGACCUUAUCGAAACCUGUUUUCUGGAAACUUCAUCGGAGCAGAAACCUACACUAGCGCCAAUUCGUGCAGUGGCUCGAGUUGGAACUACACUCAAUAGACGGCUAAUGAGGCUGACAUAAUAAUGCUCGCUAAACGCUCGAUAAGGAUCGGUCCUUGAUCUUCGUUUAGUUCUCUCAUAGUAUUGCUGGACCGAAUGAAUAACUGAAUCAAAUUCGAAAGCAGUUUCGGGAGUAAUCCUGCUGGUGCUGUGUAUGUAGCCUGUCUUAUAGAUAGUCAUCAGUCUUGCCUUCUAAUUUAAAAUAAAUUAUUUAAAGAAUUAUAAUUAUUGACGGGAUAUUUAAUAAGUGUAUAUUUUAAUCUUACAAAAAUGUUAAUAUUUACUCCUUGAUUUCGUAUGCGUGUUACUACAUUAUUACAAAUUGGUUUCUGGUUGUGUACAAAGUAUGUAUAAAUAAUAAUGUGUCUUGUCAAUUUAAAAAAAAAAUGGGGAUUUUGAUGGUUAAUUUAGUGAAUCCUGCAUUGUUUUAUAAUAUGUUAUAUUCGUUUCUUAUAUGUUGUUCGUCGAUCUAAAACAAUUUUAUAUUAAUGUUUGAAUAGAUAAUAUAUUAUAUAAACUGCCAUGCCUCUAUUUGAUGUAAAUAAAAUAUUUAUAAAGGUACUCGGCUUAUUACAAAGGCAAAAGCAAUAAUAAUUAUAGUAUAGUAAUAAUUUAGGGAAUGUAGUUUAAUAUUGAUGUAGCUAAAGUACCUAUUGUUAACGCAUUUGUCAUAGAUUUACUGAAAGCAUACAAUAAUUGACAAUACCAAUACGAUUUAUUGAUUAAUCUACAAAAUAGUUCAAAUAUUUCAACUGUUACAAGUUUCAAUAGAUUUUAGUGAAUUAAAACGCAUCUUAAUUCUUAUUAAAUUUAAAUUGCUUUAUGUAUAUCAACCGUUUCUUAAGUGCCUGACCAAUCUGGCUCGAAGAAGUACUGCCUUUAAACAAAGCUGUAUGUAUAUUGCAUAAUCCUCGCAAAUUGUUAGUGCAGGAACUUUGUCUCAUCAAAAGUGACGUCAUUCUGACGUAAAACAGCAGUAUUAAAAACAACUUGCGAUGGAAUUUAAAAAGUCACAAAAUGGCGGCCACGUAUGUUAACAAUUUGCGGUGAUUAUAUCAGUGCUUAAAUAAAAGCUAAUUAAUAUGUAUAAAGUGUUUGUAACUCUUAGGACGAUAUUAUGGGUUCAAUAAAUAAAAUAUUUUUGUUA